CUCGAGCGCGCAUCGCGUGGGCAACGAAAACGAAAGCGAUCAUCUUCGGCGCAGUCGACCCCGGCGACGACCCCACGACAACCUCGGACUGAUAACUCGACCGGCCGGCUGCCUUUGGCACCGUAGUAUGCUCGUGGCUCGGUUCCAGAAUUUACCGAGUCACUUCCAGGGAGACACGCGGGGGGGCCGGAAAUGGCGUCGUCAAUGGCGCUCCUCGUCCGCAGGGGCGCCGUCUGCCGCAGCUGCGUCCUCGCCUACGCCACGAACAUCGCGCCCACCCAGCGCAGGGACAUCUCGACCAGCUGGCUGAAGAAGACCGAAGAGGCGAGGGCGCAAUGGGAGCAACGAGCGCGGGAGAUCCAGGAGGGGAAGCGGCAGAAUUUCUGGGACAUGCUGGAAGAACGGGGCUACGUCAAGGACACUGCUGGGUAGGCAGGGUGCAUUUUGCGCGUACUUACUCCGAAGGGCCGCAGCCAUUCGUUCUAACGCGUCGGGACUGGUGCAGGUCGAGAGAGACGAUCCGCGAGCUCAUGAGGACAAAGAGGAUAGGCGCCUACGUCGGCGUUGACCCCACGGCGAGCUCGAUGCACGUCGGCCACCUCCUCCCCCUCAUGCCGCUCUUCUGGAUGUACAUGCACGGAUACGGCGCCUAUACCCUCCUCGGCGGGUCGACCGUCAAGAUCGGCGACCCCACCGACCGCAUCAAAGACCGCGACCCCAUCAGCAAGGCCGACCUGGCCAUGAACGUCACCAAGAUGCAUUUCCAGAUGAAGAAGCUGUGGGCCAACGUGGAGCUGCAGGCGAGGAGGUUCGGCUACCAGAAGGAAUGGGCUUGGAAACGCGGGCUGGUCAACAACAACACCUGGUGGAAUUCGGUCCCCAUGCUCGAGGUCUUGAAGAGGGUGGGCGCCUUCAUGAGGAUCGGGCCGAUGCUGUCUCGCGACACCGUCAAGCGCAAGAUGACGGAGGGGAACGGCGUCUCGUUUGCCGAGUUCUCGUACCCGAUCAUGCAGGGUUGGGACUGGUGGAUGCUCUUCAGCAGGAACAAGGUGCAGAUGCAGAUCGGCGGGUCCGACCAGUACGGAAACAUCGUGACCGGCGUCGAGCUCGUCAAGGCCGCCCGCGACAGCGAGCCGGAUCCCUCCAGGCGCCUGCCUGCCGAGGGCCCGCUCGACGACCCCGUCGGUUUCACCGUCCCGCUCCUGACGGACUCGUCCGGUGCCAAGUUCGGCAAGAGCGCCGGGAAUGCGGUGUGGCUUGACCAGUACAUGACCCCCACGUUCGAUCUGUAUGGCUACUUCGUCCGCCGGCCGGACGCGGACGUGGAGAAGCUGCUCAAGCUCUUCACUUUCAUGCCGCUGGAGGAGAUCAAGAAGGUCAUGGCGGAGCAGGUGGAGGACCCGGCCAAGCGUGUCGCGCAGCACCGCCUCGCCUACGAGGUCGUGACGUUGGUGCACGGCGAGGCCGCCGCCAAGGAGGCACAGGAGCAACACCGGAUGAUGUACGGCAAGGGCGGCCCGAUCAUCCAGUUCACGACGACGACGAAAGCGCCGGGUGACGAGUAUGCGGCCCCGUCGGGGGAGCCGAUCACGCCGAACAACGCUCCGCGGAUCGACAUGAUCCUCCCCGAGUCCCUGAUCAUGGGCAAGUCGAUCGGCCGCAUCUUGUACGCGGCCGGCCUCGCCAGCAGCGCAAAGGAGGGCCACCGGCUCGCCGCGCAGCAGGCCGCCUACGUCGGCGGGAUGCCCGGCCGCAGCCCCGGCAAGGGCGAGCCCAUGAACCCGGCCCAGCUGACGUGGAACCCGGUCAAGCUCUGGUUCCCGCAGGAGACCCAGAAGUACCUGAUCGACGGCAAGAUCCUCAUUCUCCGCAAGGGCAAGCACAACGUGCGGGUCAUCCAGAUGGUGAGCGACGAGGAGUACAAGGCCUCGGGCCAGCACUACCCGGGCCAGCCGUACACGGGCCGGCUCCGCGCCCUCCGGGAGCACAUGGCGGCGCUCAAGGCCGGCAAGAUGACGCCCCGGGAGGUGAGGGAGGCCAUGCAGCAGCCGACCGAGGAGGACGACGGGGCGAUCCUCAAGUUCCCCAAGGAAAAGAACCCCGAGCAGACCAAGCUCGAGGCGCAACUCGAGGAGCUGCUAAAGGAGGCCGAGGAAAAGGAGAAGAAGGAGAAGGAGAAGGAGAAGGAGGAGAAGGAGGAGUCUGCCGAGACGAAGCCCGGAACUUCCUCGUGAUUACAGUGCGAGGAAUAGCCCGGGAGAGAGAGAGACAGAGAGAGAAACAAAAACCGGAGAGGGACAGGAUGGAGAGCCGGCUUCUCGGCUGUCCUUGUAAGAUGUAGACCUUGUCUUGCCGCGUCAAGCAGCUCUGUAUAACUAAAAAACCCUUGUUCUGUACCAAUA